ACUUCACUAAACAUGUUCAGUUCUCUAUCAAAAUUUAAAAGACAAAUUAAAAAUAGAAAGAAAACAAGGAAAUGGUGGCUGUUCCACGCCACAGACUUUCAGUUGUUGAUGUAUCCAUGUUUUACAUUUUUCCGCAUUCUCGCUAUAUUCCCGUAUAAGAUGAGCGCUUCAUCCUUCGAAACUUCCAAACCACGCUACUUUCUAUCAACUAUAAUUACGUGUAUUUUCGGCUUUUUGCCGCUGAUAAUGAUAAUAGAUGCUUCUAGAUGGUACGGCAAUCUAAACGAUCGCAGAAAUAUUGAAUUUAUCUGCCUCACCAUACUCAGCAAUAUUAUAAUAGUCAUGACAUUCGUUUUAAACGGUCCACGAAUGCGUUUGCUUGAGACGAUACGGAAGAUAUCUUCAAAACUUCCAUCAGAGAUGUAUCGAAAGCAGUCUGUGUUUAUCCACUCCAAGGACAUUUUCGGUUUCUUUUACUUACUCAUUUAUGCGAUGUACAGUUGUUAUUAUACCCAAAUUAAUAUUGUAUUCGAUGUGUGUUUCUUCUACAAUACUGUGCUAGUAUAUCAAAUGGAUAUGUUGUACAUAAACUGCGUUUGUGUAUUAAAAGUCUGUUUCAAAAGAAUAAACGACGAUUUGGCAAAUUUACUCAUAAGCAAUAAAUCACAUGUAAUCAAAUGGAUCGACAAUGAGCACAUAAACCUCCUAUUAAUGGAACUCAAGGCGCUAAAGAAGCAACACUUGAUGGUUAGUGAUACAGUGAAGAAGUUAAAUAUAAUUUUCAGUCCGCACUUGCUCGCAACUACAGCCUACAAUUUUAUCUUUAUUACUUUCGAAAUGUACUUCAAAUUUGUGUAUUUGCACAACGAGUUGUCUAGUUGGACUAAUCAGGUUCAUCGUAUUUCCAUACCCUAUAUUGCAUGUUUGACCGUAAAAAUAGCAUUGACAGCAUGGGCCUGCGAAACCGGCAAGAAUCAAGCCAAAGAGAUUAGCACUACGGUUCAUGACGUGCUUAAUAGCACUAACAAUGAGAAAAUAAAAAAUGAGUUGCGUGUGUUUUCUUUGCAAAUACUGCAUAGCGACAAUACAUUCUGCGCGAAAGGUCUUACUGUUGAUGCGACUCUCCUCACUGAUAUGAUGGGUACUGUCACUACAUAUAUAUUAAUUUUGAUACAAUUCUUGAACACGUGAAGUUCAUGUAACGGCAAGACCGAGAGCAAUGUUACAUAAUCAAUUUAAAUCAUCACAAACAAUCUCAUAAAAAAAUUCAUUUUUAAACAUUAAAACUGUAAUAUUUUUUAUUAGUAAAUGUGUAAUACAAUCGUCUAACGUUUUAUAUAUUAAUAUACAUUCAUUGAAAAUAAGCACGUUAACAUAGUUACUAGUUUUAACAUACAAACAGGAUGUAAUAAUUAUGUCCUUGCAAUUAAUCUUGAAGAAGCAAUUUAAAUCAGCACCUACAGUUUUAUAAAAAAUGUACAUAAUCAGUAAAAGAUUUUUAUUCAAA